UUCAGUAACGGUUUCUACCAAAGAGGUUUCUUAUACUGGGAAAUUCCUUUGACAGUCACCGAUAAAGUUCAUAUGCAAGAUUGCAUAUGCGACAAUCAUAAGUUAAAUCGUGGCUGGCGUGAACAGGUCUAAAGUGAAAUCAAAUUGUGAUACUAUUAUAGAAAAAUGAGAUCUUCAAGCAAACUCAUAUUUAUCAAAAUACUGUCGUUAUAUGUAUCGCUAGUGUUAGGUGAAAGUGAAGAAAAUUUACCUUGUAAAUAUUCCGAUUCGAUCAACAUAACGGAAGGAAUACACCAGAACGGCAACAUUCUCCACAAUAACCUCCUCUACACACCAGAAAACUACGCUCGGAUAAACUACUUAGCCAAUUCCAGUAGAACCAUUCCCUCGGAAGAAUACUACUUUCGAGGGUGCAUCUGCCAGGUGACGAACUGUGUGUGGCUUUGCUGUGAUGAGUACCAGGACGUUGAUGGCGUUCCCACCUGUACCUAUCCCGAGUACACUGAGCAGCUGCUGGUCAACCUCGUUGAUCAAUCCGGAGUUUCCUAUGAGGUGGAUGUGAUUGGAAACAGUUCGUUUUUCAAAGUUCCCAGAUUGGUUGAAUCUAGUCUAUUUGAAAUAGAAGAAGGGCUGUGGAGCAUGAACAGUACUGGAUUUGUACAUUCCCAUGAAAAAUCCAUGGAAAUAUUCCAAGAAGAAUACUGUUUGGAACAUUCUUUUAUUUUGUCAUAUAGUGGCAAAGAUUUGGAUGACAGUGAAAGGUUAUCUCAAAUUGCUUCCCUCUCCAUAUCCCUUCCGUUUAUGUUGGUCACUCUAUUGAUUUACCUGUGCAUACCGGAGCUGCGUAAUCUCCACGGGAAAUGUCUCAUAAGCUAUAUCUUUGCGAUGAUUUUCUGUUACUCAAUUAUGCUCUACUCAAAGUUGGAUGAUAAGCUGUACUACUGCUACUACCACCUUUACUUCUGGACCAUGGCUGGAUUUUUCUGGCUGAACGUGCUUUGCUUCGACAUUUUCUGGACGUUCAGCAGUGGUGUGGUCAAACAAGGGGAAAGAAGAAGGUUCCUGUACUAUUCGUUGUAUGCGUGGGGGUGUCCGCUGAUCCUGCUGGGACUGCUAGCUUUGAUCGACAAUACGAGUUUUGUUCCCGAGGAUUUCCGGCCACAGAUAUCCGCGUAUCAUUGCUAUUUUGGAGGUGAACACAGUAGAGUGAAAGCCUUCAUUUAUUUGUACUCCAUAUUGCUGGUGCUGAUCCCUGUCAAUCUACUAUUCUUCGUGAUAACGCUAUCUCGCAUCAUCGGAAUCCAACGUGCAACGGAUGCGAUUUUACAGCGUGGCUCACGACGCCACAACUCAAGUGAAAAUCGUUACAGAAUCCACCUGUACUUGCGGCUGUUUGUCGUGAUGGGCGUCAUGUGGAUGUUCGAGGUGAUUUCCUUUGGCGUUUGCCCGGAAGGAUCUUGCAUGCUUGUUACCGAUAUCCUGAACUGUCUGCUUGGGGUGUUUAUUUUCCUGAUGUUUGUGUGCAAGACCAACGUGAAGCAGAUGAUUCUCAAGAGGAUAUCAAAGGACAGCCCCCUGAGUCGCAGUAAAUCGAACUACACAAUUUCGACCAGUGUUACAAGUAGUACAAGGGAAGCAACCGUUCCACUACGUCAGAUGAGCAGAAUGGAGUCCUGUCUGGAAAAGUAUUCAAACGAUAGAUAUUCUUAAUUGUAAAUCAAUGUUUUUU